GCCGUGUUGUGUCACACGCGAUCAGUGCUGUGCGGGUUGUCGAGUGCGUGUUACUUUGUGUACCAAAGAGCAUCUGGAGGAUGCCGUCCCGCUGGCCUCCGCUGAGCCUCCAGCUGCUGGUGCUGGUUUCGCUGUCCUCUGCGGGCGCCGCCAUCAGGUGCCCGGAGGCCUGCCGCUGCGGCCAGUCUCGCACGCGCACCGCCGCCGACUGCUCCAGUUCGUCGCUGAGCAGCCCCCCGGCCGGCCUGGACUCCGCCACCACCAUCCUGGACCUGUCCUACAACCGGCUGGCGGCGCUGCGCAACGGCUCCCUCAGCCGGGUGUCCUCCAGCCUCCAGAAGCUGGUGCUGCUGGAGAACGUCAUAGGCGAGGUCGAGUCGGGCGCCUUCCAGGGUUUCUCGCAGCUGUGGUGGCUCAGCCUGGAGAACAAUGCCCUGCACAGCCUGCACCCGUACACGUUUUCGGGCGCGCCGAAGCUGUGGAAGCUGAUCCUCAGUGGGAACCCUCUGCACCUCCCACUGGACGGUGGGCCAUUUCUGGUGGCCCCAGACCUGAGGAUUCUGGAACUCAGCCGGUGUGGCAUCGCUACCGUGCCGCCUGCUACCUUCCGGAACCUCACCGGCCUCUGGACGCUGCGUCUCAAGGAGAACCGCCUGCGCGCAGUGGACGGCCUCACGGACCUCCCGGAGCUGGAAGUUCUCGAUCUCCACGGGAAUGAGAUCGUCUCCAUCCGACCGGAAGCGUUCGUCACUGUGCCCAAGUUGAAGCAGCUGAAUGUGAGCAGCAACCCACUGCUGGUGCCGUCCAGCGGCACAUUUCUGAACGCGGCCCACCUGUCCUUUCUGGAUCUGAGUCGUACUAACGUGACGCGUCUGGGUCCCGAUGUCUUCACCGGAACGCCAGCACUCACUGUCCUCAGGAUAAGCAAGACGCCGCUGAGCUGGAUCGACUCACGAGCGUUCUCCAACCUGUCCCAGUUGGAGAGGGCCGCCCUCGACAACAACGCCAUCUCGACGCUGGACGCGAGUACGUUCGCGAGCAACAGCCAGCUGCUCGAGCUGGACCUGAGCGGCAACGGGCUGGAGGUGGGGGCGCGGAGCGCGCUGCUGCGGGCGGCGGCGCUGACGCGGCUGGAGGUGGGCGGCGCGCGCAUGCCCGCGCUGGGGGCCGACACCUUCCGGGGACUGCCCGCGCUCAGCGUGCUGGGCGCGCCCGCCUGCGGGCUGGCCAGCCUCGCCGACGACGCCCUCGCCGCGCUGCCCGACCUGUACGAGCUGCACCUGCAGGACAACCUGCUGGCCGCGCUGCCGCACGCCGCCUUCAGCCGCUGCCACCGGCUCGCCGAGGUGAACCUACGUGGCAACAAGCUGCUGCAGCUGUCGUCGUUCCCAGCGGCUCCAGCGCUGGAGCGCCUGGACUUGGGGCACUGCGGCCUGGAGGGUGAGCUGCCUUCGUUUGGGGCCGCGCCCAGGCUGCGCCGCCUGCUGGUCGACGGCAACCGGCUGACCAGUCUGGACGCUGAGGGCCUGACGGCUACUCUGCCCCAGCUGCGGCGGCUGGACGUGCAGGGCAACCCCUGGAGCUGCGACUGCAGGCUCAGGCCUCUGUGGCGCUGGUGCCACGCUGCGGCCGCAGUCAGGAGCCCGGCUGUGCAGGUCUUGGGGAGGCCCAUCGACAUUGGAGAAGACGCAACUCGCUGUCCAGAGGACGUGAUGUGCGGACAAGCACAGCACGAGCACUGGGACCUGCUGGAGACUCUGCGCUGCCCAGGAGACCCGGAGUCUGGAGAGGCCCUCGCUGAACACGACCCUAACCUGGACGUGGAGAUGAUCAGCAUGUCAGGGCGACAGCGCUCUGCACGGCGCGCCUGAGCUCCCAAGGGAUGCUGUUUGGCUUUCUGUAAAUGCCAUUUGUGGGAAUCACAAGUUACACUGUGCUGCUACCCUAUGCUCUGGCUGGCUCUACUGAAACUGAUGUCAUGCAUAAUGUACCAAGCUAUUGCUCUGAGAAUUACAGAAGAAUGGACAGGGAUUUUAAUCUCUACUCUACAGUUCAGUUCACCGAAGUUCUAAGGGCCAAGAUGAGAGACAGACCAAGCGGUAGUUCUAAGGAUGAUUGACAUAGAUCACGAUCCUCUGGCUUGCUGUGGUCUUGAGGGACGCCCUGUCUGCCCUAAGAACUAGUUAAUCUGAGGUCGAUGGGUACAAAGCGAUGGGAUGGGUACAUAAAUCUGUUGGAAGACCCAAGGACUCUGAUGCUCAUAUAACAAAUUUUAUCUCUAGUUAUGUUGAACUUGCUAUGCUGGAACAGGUAUCUAUACCCCUUCGAUGUGUGAUUUCCUCAGGGAAAUGAUGCAUUACAUUCCGAGCAGUGUAUGUCGAGGCGAUGGAAAACUGUGCUGUAUCAGAGUUGCUCCUCCUGUGGGAACAGUGACUCACAUUGAAAGGAAAUCAUUUUGUAGUCGGUCACAACAGUAACAGAAAAUAAUACCGUUUUUGCCACGAAGAUGGACUGUUGACACGACCGCUCACGAUAAAUGCUUUCUGAUACCUCAAAGAGCGUUGUAAACACCAGUUGGUAAGAAAACUACUUUCAUCUAUGGUAGGAAGCCAAGGUUGAAACUUCUCGACUUAGCAAAGGAAGAUUUUCUUUAUUAUGAAUAAAAUGCUCUUUUCUGUUUAAAUGUAGGCCACUUUUCAAUCAACCCAUAUUAUGCAUAAUUUUUCCAGUCAGCAGAUCCCAUUACUGAAAUGCAGUUUUGGAAGGGACUGCAAAAAAAACACUAUGUAUGUACCCUAAUCGCUUCGUUAAAAUACUAAAGACAAAGGUUUUUCUUUUUAUCGAUUUGAUACAGGUGUAAAUGAGGGUAUCAGACAUGUUAGAAUGAAUGUUUCAAAGUUUCGUACUUCAGGUCACUCAGUUUUCCAACUGCCAAAGAACAAUGCGGGAAAGAAUAUCUGUUGUGGUGAAAGACGAUUUUUUUGUUUUGCAGCCCAGGUCUCCUGUCAUCAUUUUUUCUUACAUUUAAUCUAGGAAACUUGAGUAUUUUGAAACUUAAAAGUUGUCUUUUUAACCUCUACAAGGCUCCCUUUUGAAUUCUAAACCAUAACCUUCCUGACAUCGACUCUGACACUGGAAUUAAUUCACUACUUUGAUUUGUGUUAUGUUUCUUGCUUCAAGUGUUGGACCUCUCUCUACCACAGUAGCAUAUUUGUAUACGAAAUCAGGUGAAAUAUUGUUAACAUUGCUGAGAUAUUCGUUCUUACUUUUGCUUUUGGCUAGCGUUCUAUUGCAUAAUGCAUAAAUAUUUCUCAUAGUUAUUUAUUCAAUUCAAAUGUACUGUACAGUUUUUUCGGAUAUUACUUUGCUGGAAGCUGUGACAAUAGAUUAAUCUCCGCAGCCUGUCUCGUAAUAUUAUUAAUUCACAUGCUUUUAUUGUUCGAAUGAGCACAUGAGCACAGGAUUUAGCAGACGAUAAAUCCUGUGCUCUUACGACCAAUAAAAGCAUGUGAAUUAAUAAUAUUACGAUAUAUAUAUAUAUAUAUAUAUAUAUAUAUAUAUAUAUAUAUAUAUAUAUGUGUGUGUGUGUGUGUGUGUGUGUGUGUGUGUGUGUGUGUGUGUAAAUUAAAUAAGAUCUAUCCUAAACUAAUGUAUCGCAGCAAUCUGUUUGCUGUUUGCUGUUGCUUUUCUGUUUCCCUGCGUCUGCAUUGCUACAGCUGAUGCUUCUGAGGCCUUUGGGUAUCAGCCACAAGGAAUCUCAUAUGAUGACCUGCCAUAGGGCUGUAGAAACCUGUGGUUGAUGAAAUACGCCGAUAGAGAUUCGUUUCAGUCUGACGGGGUUUGCAAGAAUGGUCACGAUUUGAGCGUCUAGUAGAUGUGUCUGAGUGAAGCAAAGAGAGCUCAAAGUACCACGAUGCUGCUGGAUUCAAAUCGCUACUUUUGUAGACAGCUUCCACUAAGGAACUUGUUGUUUUUCAGUCGCCAUGUCUCUGACCUUGCCUUGGUUGUAAACGAUUUUUACGCAGAUACUAGUUCAUUAAACUCAAAAAAAGCUUUAUAUAAGAGGACUUUGUUUGGCGUGACGUACUUGUGAAAGGAAAGAUUGUGACAAUGGCUGAAUGUUCGCAAUUCCUUUGUAAAUUAAUUUAUUAUGCUUCAAAUUAACCAUUGCAAAUGAAUUGUUUAUUAAUAUGAAAUAAAAACUCUCCACUCAUCUUUUCAUUCAUUCAUGUUCUACACAUUCCAUCAUGAAAGAAAACUGUCAAAAAAGUGGAAUAUGUUAUUCGUUUAUCAUGUUCUGUAGAUUACAUCAAGAAGAGAACCUUAAGCUAUGCAGAACUAGUUAACAUACAUUAAAAAAGUGUCUGUAUUAACAAUAAACUAUUACUGUACGGGUUAAUAUCAUUUUGUUUACGCUAGCUAAAUGUAACUUAGUAAGUUGGCAGGAAAUUUGCUACUUUGAAAAAAGAAACGUUGCUCUAUCUUCAGUUGGCAUACACAAUAACAUCACUCUGAACACUGGAUGCAGUGGUAAAGUACGCAAGAAAAUUGUUUUUGUGUUUGGUAUUGUGAUUCUGAUAAUCGCACUUCACGUAAAAAUAAUGUUGAUUGUCAGCAAUAAAAAUAGUUAAGCAGUUGCCUA